AUGCAGCAGCCCAAGGACACGGACCCAAAUUUCCCUGUUGACGGAGGGGGCUGUCGACCUCAGGGCGAGACCCAUAUUGAAACCCAACGAUCGGUGGAUCCUAACAUGUCUAUCGAAGACUACAACCGCGUUAUGCUGCAGUAUACCCAGCGACGCAUGUCGACCUUCCUGGACAUGGGCAACGACGGCGGUCCUCCUCCCAGUCGCAACGGCCGGAGUAGCGACAGCGUGGCAACCCUUUCCAAGCGUGUUUUUUUAUACCUCCUGGCAUCUGAUACACGCGGCAUAGUAGAAACCAGCCAUCUCCGACACAAUUCCCUUUCACCUUUGAAACCUCUUUCUGAGGUUGAUAUGGCAUUCCUUCAUGGUGGCUUUAUCCAAUGGUUCCCCAGUUGCUAA